AUGAAUACCAACUCUCAUUACCGAUGUAUUGGAAAGGGGUUUUGCGGCAGUAUAUGGGCUUCUGAAGACAGCCAGGACGUUAUAUGCACCGCUAUCAAGCGCGAAGAUGGUGGGCCCGGCCUAUCAGUCACAAAUGACUACAACAUGCACCUCCUCGUUCUUCAAGGGAUCCUAAAAUACCUCCCCUCAACGCCUCUAUCCAUACCACAAUGUCAUGCGCUGGUCCAACCGACAGAUGUAUGGUGGCAAACACGCCUGCACCAGUUUCCUGUGGGCUACUCCGCUUGCAGAGCGCUCAUUUCAGAGCGCAUUCCAAGGAUACCGAGACAGAUCAGUGACAAAAUCGUGGACCUCUUCUGCGCUGGGAACGAGCCGCUGUCCAAGUUUGUGAAAAACAACCCUGACGAUGAUGCAUGCUUGAUCAGGCCAUAUCUGGGGCGUCGUCGCCAUCAAAGAGAAACGGCAAGCACAUCGCGCUUCCAGCGAUUCAGUCUCCGCAAUGUGCCCCUUCACAUCGACCAGAUGGAGGCUCUCGGUCUUGACGCCAAUGCCUACGCAGCGACCAUGGCAGAAGCUCUCGCACUGAUGCAUUGGGUUGCACGAAUCGACGCGAAUGACGUUGAGUUUGUUCUGGCGCCUCCCCGAGGAGCUGAAUCUCCACCUUCGCCCGUUUUCCAAUCAGACUAUUUGGGCACGCACUGCCUAUGGAUCCUCGACUUCGACUGUUGCAGACCACUCUCGAUGGACGAAGCCGGUGUUGAGCAAGCCUGUGUGGCUUUCUAUAAGAACGACCCUUUCUAUCCAAGGCCGGGGGGUGGGGAAGCUGACGAAGAGCUGUGGAAGGUGUUCAAGCAUAAGUUCUUGAUGGCCAGCCGGGAGAUUCUGGGGAGAAAUAGCAAGUACGAAGUUCUCGCGGAGGAUUUAAUGAAGAGAAUUGAGGAGGAGGGUCAAUUGAGGAAGAAAAGGAAAUCGGAAAUUGGGCGGUGA